AUGACGUCGCAAUCCACCAGCGCCGAAUCGGCGAACGUGACCAAAACGACGAGUUCCAAUACCGGCGACUCAUGCACAUGGUACGCCGGUGAAAAUUGCUCACAGCCUCGGACCGGCUACGACUGUCUCAAUGUAUUGCUGGACACGGACGAGUGCGCCAUCGCCCCCAACGGCGCCUGCGUCAGCAUGUCCGACUACGAGAAAUAUCUGUCGAACCGAGAGUACUACGAGCCGCUAGCACGGUACUUCCCGGCAUCCAACUACACAUACUGCAGCUCCAACGACUCUGUCUGCUCGAGUUGCAUUGCUGAGUGGACAUAA